UUGUCUGAGACGCCAUCUUUAAACCCCAGAAGCAGCCGCCGUUGAGCGCUGCGAUCUGUGAGUUAGUGGUGAAGACAUUUCUGCGGGGUUUUUAUUGUAAAUGCAAAUAAUUCGAGACUAAAGUACAGCAGACAGAAAAAAAAGAAAGCGAUAAAACGAGUAACAGACGGUGUAUUUACAGUAGUAAGUUUGAGAAAGCAUUGCGAAAAGGCGUAUUUUCUUUCUUUGUUGUUGUCAGCCACUAGCUGCGACUCGCUGCUUGGCCGCCGUCGGUCCCGAGUUCUCCCCCCCGUGGCCCGGCCAGAGAUGAGUGGAAGAUGUCGGUGUCGGGGCUGAAGGCCGAGCUCAAGUUUCUCGAGUCCAUUUUUGACCCAAAUCACGAGCGCUUCCGAAUUAUCGACUGGAAACCAGAUGAAUUGAGUUGCCAUUUCAAUGUGACUGGGGAAAAACUGCUAGUGAUACACUGCAACAUCACGGAAUCAUACCCCUCUACUCCUCCAAUAUGGUUUGUGGACUCCGAUGACCCAAGCUUGGCGGCUGUGCUGGAGCGCCUGGAGGAUGUGAGGAAGGGAACCACUCUGCUCCUGCAACAGCUGAAGCGCCUGAUCUGUGACCUGUGCAGGUUAUACAAUCUUCCCCAACACCCAGAUGUGGAAAUGCUUGAUCAGCCAUUACCAGCUGGACAGAAUGGAACUACAGAGGAAGUUACAUCAGAAGAGGAGGAGGAAGAAGAAAUGGGAGAGGAUAUUGAAGACCUGGACCACUAUGAGAUGAAGGAAGAGGAACCAGUCGAUGGGAAGAAGUCUGAAGAUGAUGGAAUUGAAAAGGAGAAUCUAGCCAUCCUAGAGAAGAUUCGGAAGAGUCAGAGGCAGGACCACUUGAACGUAAGUGCUCAUUCGGGUGCUGUGUCUGGGUCAGUGCAGGCUUCAGACCGCCUCAUGAAAGAACUCCGGGAGAUAUACAGGUCACAGAGUUACAAAACAGGAAUCUAUUCAGUGGAGCUUGUUAAUGACAGCCUUUAUGAAUGGCAUGUCAAACUGCGGACGGUGGAUCCAGAUAGCCCAUUGCAUAGUGACCUGCAGGUUUUAAAGGAAAAAGAAGGGAUGGAUUACAUCCUUCUGAAUUUUUCUUAUAAAGAUAAUUUCCCAUUUGAUCCUCCUUUUGUGCGGGUGGUGUCGCCUGUGCUUUCUGGAGGCUAUGUUUUGGGUGGCGGAGCCCUGUGUAUGGAACUCCUUACAAAACAGGGCUGGAGCAGUGCCUAUUCGAUAGAGUCUGUCAUCAUGCAGAUCAACGCCACUUUAGUUAAAGGAAAAGCCAGAGUGCAGUUUGGAGCUAAUAAGAACCAGUACAAUCUUGCCAGAGCACAACAGUCAUACAAAUCCCUGGUGCAGAUUCAUGAGAAGAAUGGCUGGUAUACUCCCCCAAAAGAGGAUGGGUAAGAGACAGGCUCCUGCAAGUGCACUGGGACCAGGUUUCUAAGGGUCAACUCUUUUUUUUUUUUUUUUUUCCACUCCGAAGGUAUCUAAUUGGGAGUGACCCCUCUUGGGUUGACUCUUUCGGUGGUCGUAUAACCAACGGGUAAAUCUUCUCGCUGACCUCUCGACCCUAAACUCGCAAGGCCAGUUCGACCUGAUCGUUUGUCACUUUCUUUCUGUCAUUCAGCAGACAAGUGAACUAAAAAAAGCCACCGCUGAGCCUCCCUGUUCUCCCCUUUUAUGUGGGCUAAGUGUUUGAAUGACUGCAGUUUGUGGGGUUUACUCAUGUUUUUUUUUUUUUUUCCUUUUUUAAGCUUAUUCAUAAAAUACUUGUGUAGACUUUUGAGUAUAAUGCCUAGGUUAAAUGGUAAAAUAAGUUCAGUAGUAGUUGAGGAAGUAAACUUUAACACAAACGGAGAGGCUUUCAUCUUUAAAAGGUCCCCUCCAGGCAGUAGUUACAGUGGGCUUUUCUUUUGAAAUCUUCACUAUAGCUAAAUACCAUCAAGGCAUAAUGUCACUAGACAGUGGUAAUGGACUUACUACAUUGCUAUCAGGAGUGUGAUGUUCACUAGUCAACCUUAUUUUGAUACAAAUCAGGACUACCAGCAAAUAACUUUUUACAAGCAAAUCCACAACUAUUGUAGUGACUUUAAGGAAGAUUGGAGCUGUUAUGGAUACCAUUAAUUUGUGUGGGAUGUGCCACUGGGUCAUUCUGUACAAAUGUUUUGUGUAUAAUAAAUAAAUAAAUAAUGCCAAGAUUCUGAAGAAAUUACACUCUAAAAAAAAUUGGUCUCCUGCUUCUGUUAUAAUCCAGUGUCAUUAGCCAAAGUACAACAGGAGUGGACUUGAUCAAAUCUAAAUUAAGGAUUGGUAAUUAAACUAAGAUUGUUAGACAAACUAUGUGGAGGCAUGGUAUCUCUACCUACUAGCCAUGUCUUUUUUUUUCAUAUAGCAAAUUGCAAUGUUUAAAGAAAAAUUAAGGUUACCUCCAAGUGACAAAAAUAAAACCAUAAAACACUUUCUUCACAUCAGUUUUCUUGUUUUCACAGGGCUAGUAAGAUUUCUGUGUUUGGUGUUGUAACUAGAUUACACCAGCAAUUUUCAAUUAAUCAUUAAAAAAUAACCCUAAAAUACUUCGUAGAUUUUCUAUCUGCAUUGUUCAGGUACAUAAUUGCCUACAGUAGCAAUGUAAUGUAGCAAUGUAAGGUUGCUCAUUAAUCAUGAACUCUAAAUGAAUAGCAGUUACUAAUAGUAGCUUGUAACAUUUUAUAAUUUUUUUUUUUUUAAUCCAUAACUUGUAUGUUUUCCUGUUGGAACAUACCUUGCCACUCCACCUAGUCAACCCUAUUUAAUAUAUUUGUAGCACCUUUUUUUAGUUCUCUGAAGAAAUACCUCGGUGGUUGUUCAGUAUGUAGCAAGAAAGUAUUCCCAUGCAUUUAUUUUUGUCAGUUUUAAUAGGAUAACUUUUGUCUACACUCCAUAUAUCUCCCUUUUUUCUCAGUGGUUGGUAGUGUCCCCACUGACAAGCAAUCAGAAGUUGCGCUUGGCAUAUAUACCAGAAUCCAGGGGGUCAGCUAAAAAAUUGAUGCUAUUUAAAUGUUGUCCCUUGUGUGUUGCUAGACACCCCUCAAUAAAUGGGCCUUUCUAUAGUUUUAAUACAAAUGUAUUUUUAAAAGUGAAACAUUAUCCCUCUAUUUGGUGUCUUUACCCCCCCCCCUUCUUUAAGGCUGCAUAGGUGCACUGUUUCAUGAUUGCUGUGGCGUAUUGUGAAAAAGUGGUAAUUCUAUUUUUGCCAGUGCUACUGUAGAAUGGCCCAUAUACUCUCCCCUUAAACACGAGCAAACAAAUCUAUAUUUGUGAAAUUCCAAGCAAUGGGUUUAUGUUGUAUUGUUAAUUUCUUCUUCAUUGUAUUCAUACAUAUGAGUUAGUCAGCCCCACUUAUAACCUGACCCAUGCACACCAUUUAUCAUCAAAGUAACGGUGUACUUGGCCUUAAAUCUUUCUCAAAGUAACUGGGUGUGUUUGUUUUUUUUAUUUUGUUUUGUUUGUUUUUUUAUGAUGCAGUUAAGUACAGCGGUCUAUAUACACGGGUAUAUUCGGAAAAACAUCCA